UCAUGGUAAGAAAAGUUGACAUAUACAAAAACAAACAAAUAAAUUUAAUAUUGCAUCUAAUUUAUAUAAAGGAUAUUUGAUAAGUAAAUACAAAUUUUUAUUCCCUUCCGUAUGGAGUGAAAAUUUAAGAAAGAAAAUGAAUUUAUUGACGCAGUACAGAACAUCGAACAGGUCAGAUAACAUGUCUGAAAGACAAAAUAAUAAUUUAAAUGAAUUCAACGAAGAUAAUGAGGAUUCGACAAAAAUCAUAUCCUCCGAACCAAUGGAGUAUAAUUUUAAGAUUCAGGGAAAGUUUAAAGCCGGAGAUAUAAGUGACUUUUUAAGUAACGAUCUGCCAUUAGAAGAUAACCUGUUUGCUCAUCGGGAUAAAGAUUUGCUGAGUUCGCAAAACAAUAAGAAAGAUUAUAAACCGCAAAAAUUUAAAGAAAAUCUAAAGAUAACGAUGAAUCAUAAAAAUAAUAGAAAUGAAUUCAUUGGUGAAACUUUAAAAAAUAAUAAUUGCAAUUUCAAAGAGAGAAGAAAAUAUUUUGCUAAAGAAAAUCAACGAAAGAAUGAACGGAAAUUUUCAGAACCAGAAAUUAUGGAAAUAGUAAUAAAAAAUCCAAGGAAAAAGCAAAGAAACAAAAUUUCUGAUGACAACAAUUAUAAUAUUAAACGUGUUGAUGAUAUUCUUCCGGAAACAAAAGGAAGUAAUUAUUCGGCUCUUAAAAUCACGGAUGAUAUGUUUAAAGGGGGCAUCGAACAAAGCAACAUGACAGAGGAAAAACCAUUAAACAGGAUAGAUCCUUCACAGAAAAUUGCUGAGUGGAAAGUUAUUAAACGAAAAAAGGAUAAAAAAUCACCGAAAAAACAUAUCUACAAAAAAAAUAAAGAAAAACGAUCAAUUAUCAAUUCGGAAAAUUUAAUACACGAAUCAUAUGUGGAAUCUUUGGAUUGGAUGAAUGAUUUUGAUAAUGAUAGAAAAAUAAGAUUGGGAAGAGGGCUGAAAAAUUGGAAAAAUAAAGGAAUAAUGGAAAAAUUUAAUUUCAAUAAAAUGAAAAUUUAUCCACUUAAACGAUAUUUUAAACCAUAAAUCACUGACUACUAUCAGUUUCAAAAUUUGAGUAAUUCCUACAAUUUACAAUUAAUUCCGAGAGAUUCUUUGAUCUCUUUUGUA